UGAGAACACUAUGAUACUUAAGUCAAUAAAGUGUAUCACACAAGUAAUUUAUAAUUCAAAAAUGGAUCUUCUUUGGGGUUACUUAGUAUAUAUAGAGGUUUCCUGUUGGAUUAGAUCAGCACUAUAUGAGAUUCCAUCACAUGAUGUCUAUCUAGUGCAAUGUCUAUCAACUUAGAUCAUCUCUAAGUAACCGAAAUAAUCACGUACAUGCAUGAAAUUCACUCCUUCCCAAGUUAGGUGGCGUGUAGCAUGUAGAUCCCUAUUGAGCCUAGACUUUUCAGUUUAGACCAGUUAAUGAGAGCUUUUAUAUUGGGCUUUACUACAAAAUAGGUCUUCCAGUUACCCUGCUAAUUCCCUUCGCUCUAUGACAUAGGGAAUUUAUGUUAACAAAUUUUGCAAACACAUUUUCAUCAUUAUUUUAUAUAUUUUUUUUUCUCAGGCGUGAACCUCACUAUGGUCCCCCUUUUUAAACAACCUCUAACCCAUAUGUAAACUGCUAAGUACCCUGCUAUCCCUUCACAUUUCUCUUUGUGUCGUUUCACAUUUUCAAAAAUCAAAGAGCCCUCAUGAUUUUUAGCUUACGUAGCGAUGGUAAGGGUUCCGUGUGACGGUUAUUUUUCUGUUCUAGUGUUAGGUCAUGAUCCCUACAGCUAGCAUUUCGUAUUUGCCCUUUUUAAAUACCCUUUUGCCAGUCUCCUCUAUUCUUCCCUUUACUCACUUCCCUUCCUUGUGCCCUUGCUUUCUCUCUGUUCUUGUUUCUUUGCACUUGCCCAUCCCGUCCUCUUUGCUUUCUUGUCAUUCUUUACCUCAAGUUUUCAUUAUCGAAUAUGGUGGUAAUUCUGCACAACCUUCCCCAGCAUCAGACUCCCCAAUCUUUGAUGAGUAAGGGUGGAGUUCAGCCCUCAGAUAGAAAAAUUUUCCAGGGAUUUGGGACGAACUUCGCAUCCCUAAAAAAGUAGUGCUGGAGCUUCCUCCAUCCAGGUGCUGCAACGUUGAAGGGUUCGCAGGCAAGGUCACUUUAACCACGUCCCUUCUGGCUCAUGGGUUGAGACUCCCCUUCUGUCGCCCUCUUUGCAACAUCUUGGAUUUACUCGGUUUGGCACCUGCUCAACUCCAUCCCUUCGCAUUGAGGGCUUAUUUUGCACCUACGUAGUCUUUCGCAUGGUAUUGGAGCCCCUCGGAUAUUUAUCCUGACCUAACCGCUCGAGAAUUCUAGUCCUUUUACAACGUGAGGCCAACGAUCAAGGGCAACAUUGCUAGCUUUUGCAAGAAAGAUAAAGGGCAAACGUUGGCUCGAUUUGAAACUCGGCACUCAAAUGCCAAAAACUGAACGAUCAGGUUUUUCUUCAUCACUAAACAGGGUUGGGAGUUUCUCGCCUUUGAAGUCCCUUAAAGAGAUUUCCCAGUUAGGGUGAUAUGGGGCGUCGUUCCUGAUGAGAAGAGUUUGUGGGUGAACAUGGAGCCUUUGUCAAUUCGAGAGCUAGCUCGAAUUGAAACUGUCUAAUCCUUAUUGCCUAUUAGUAGCAUACUAUGGCUGAUGUAGAGGUUCAACGUGAUCAUGACCUGUGGGCUUGUGGGUUUGAGGACAAGCUGAUUGACAUGUUGUACCAAGAAACAUUCGAAGAUAAAUUGGUGGGGUCCAAAAUAACAAACCGUGACUGUGUCCGACUAGCUGAGCGCCUCAAUAACCUGCGUAUUAAGCGGGUUGAUUUAUCACAAGUGAAGGGAAAAAUCGCUCGUCUUAAAAAGAUACAACACCAGUUUACAGAUUUAAUGGGUCAAACGGGCAUGGGUUGGAACCCCAUCACAAAAACUGUAAUUGGUUCGGACGAACAUUGGGCAAAUGCGAUUCGGGUCCGAUCUGAGUGGACAAAGUUCAAGAACAAUGGUUGUGGCAACUACAACGUCCUCUGCAUGAUUUUUGGUCAGGCGGUCGCAACAGGGGUGUUGCAUUUUGCCUCAACGCAAGAAGCCCCCUCUAGAGAAGAAGAGCAGCAUCUGAAGGAUGAAUUGAGGGCCCGGGGUCCCAUGUUUGGCACUGGCACUAGAUUAGACUCGACUAUGGAUCUGGAUGCCAUCGAGAUCACUCCCGAAACACAAGGAGGGGCGCCGCAGCAAAUGACUCCUCGACGACGACGUAGGGAUGCAGCCGGGCCAUCAAUCUCACCAGAUCUAGCUGAUGCCUUGAAAACAAUUACCGCUAGUUCUAAAGCGCGGGCAGAGUUAGAUGCAAAGAUGUUUGACCUAUGCAGUUCAAAGUGCAGUAGAGGCGAGAGUUCAAAUACUGGGUCUGAUACAGGUUAUAACAGUGUUACACAGUGUAUGCAGUUUUUGUAUGAUAUCACCCCCUCCCCUACAUUUGGACGUCCAGCUUGCCGCAACAAAAGCUUUUUUGGAUCCUAAUAUGAUCAAUGUCUUCCAGACCAUGACUCCAGAGCUGAAAUUGCACUGGGUGUGGUCACUAACUGACCACGCAUAUUGGGUUUGCUUUGGAUUUACAGAAUUAUCUGACACUUUCUUUUACUUAUAUUUUAUCUAGAACUUUAUUAGUUUUAUGUUGAUUUCUAACAAUCGUAUUUCGUGUGGGCUAAUUUAAGUUCAAACAUUGGCGUGGUAAUUUUUUUAAAAGUACUUGCUAAGUUCAUAUAAAAUGAGUUCCUUUUAUUCCUAGUAUUAUAAAUACUGAAAACUUCUAAAUAUUUACGUACCACAUAUUUUUAAAAGCGCAGCAUGGACAAUGAUAGUUGGUGGAAUAAUGAGAUAAACACCGAGGAGAACAAGGCAAGCGAGGAGGGCUCUAGUAGUAAUGUGUCAAAUACAUUUGACAAAGAUAGAUGGGCGAAAUGGAACGCAUGAAGAAGAUGUAAUGAUGGUACGCAAGAAGAUGUGACCCUUCUGAACAUGAUGAUGGAGGAGCAGCAAUCCCGUGCCCAAUGUUGUAUGCCUAGGCCACAACAUAAUAUUGGCUUGCGUGGAAGGGAGUAUAUCAACGAAGUCUUAAAUGGACAUCCUGAUAACUGUUACGAGAUGUUUUGAAUGGAGGUAUAUGCAUUCCGGGCCUUAUGCGAUCAGUUAUGUAGAGAUGUGGCCUUGCGUGAUUUGACUCGAGAGGUCACUUUGGAGGAAGCCUUAAAAAUGUUUUGCUACACCGUCAGACAUGGUGUAGUUCAACGAAAUUUAGUUAAUCUAUUUCAACAUUCGGUUAGAACUGUGAAUCGACAUGUGUACGCAGUAAUGCGUGCAUUAUGUCGCCUUGCGCGCCAUGUGAUUAAACCAAGUCAGACGACAUGAGUGAUGUCUUAUAUUGAAGGA